GCGAAAUUGGCGCGAAAAUUAGUUGGUAAAAUUGCACAGAUUAAUCCACCCAUAUACAAGGAAGGACUAUCCCAACACAACAAACAACAGCACCGGAAGACGCUCGCAGCAUGGCACGGGUUCAGUGGUGCGGGCGCUCAAUGGCUGUAAUUGCGCUGCUGUUGACGAUGCCUUGGAUGGCCAAGCCAGUGGCGGCUGGGCAAGGGAAGCUGUCCAUCCACACGUCGUUCGAUCCCGGCACAGAGAGCUGGGAAUUCAUCAAGGCGGUGAAGCCGCCAGUGGUCAAGUUGCUGGACAACUUCGGGCCUGCCGCACAAAUCAAGCAGGUGUCCCCGAGCACACUCAUUGUUGGUCGCAUCUACCUUCCAAACCAACCACAGAGUGGGGAUCCCACCCAAGCUGCGCAGGCCUGGUUCAAUGACCACAAGGGUACAAUCACCGCCAAUCCAGCCGUUGACUAUUGGGAAGGGUACAACGAACCCGGUGCAGGGACGCUGCAGGACAUGCAGUGGAUUGGCCAGUUUGAGGCGGCUCGCGUGAAGCUGCUUGCAGGCAUUGGAGCCAAGGCCAGCGUUGGCAACUUUGGCACCGGCAGCCCCGAUGUGACGCAGGCGGAUCACAUCAACGCCUUCAACCCAGCCAUCGACGCUGCCAUUCAGCAUAACGGCAUCCUUGGGCUGCACGAGUACAACUCGCCAAUCUUGGCCAACUGCUUUGACAACAGCACGGGCGAGGGCUGGAUGACGGGCCGCUACCGCAAGUACUACCGCCAGUUUCUCAUCCCAUCAAACCGCACUUUGCCCUUGGUCGUGUCCGAGUUUGGCAUCGACAACUCUCCCUGCACGCAGCCGGCCUCCCCCAACUUUGGCGGCUGGCGCAAGUACUGCAGCUGGUGGAGCGCCCACGGCCACGGCUCAGACUGCGCGCAAACAUAUGUUAACAUGAUGCUGUGGUACGAUGCGCUGCUGCGCCAGGACAGCUACGUCCUUGGCGCCACCAUCUACCAGCUGGAGAUUCCAGGCUGGCAAGAUUACUCCAUUGCCGGCAACGUCACGACCCUCCUCACGCAAGUCCUGCGCUGAGGGCAGACAUGCACACUGCUGCCGUUUUUCUUCCCCC